GGUGAACUCGAGCACAGGCGUGUCAAACGCUUUUAUCCAAGAGUGAGCAAGUCUCGAUUUACGUCUGGUAUCGCAAAGCAACAGCAACGGGAGAGAAUCCUCUUCAGGAUGGCAGAGCGAAUUCCUGUGGACAAGUCCAGAAAGAGGAAAUCCAUGGCACUGGGAAGCAGAGAGGUGAUGAAAGCUGACGCUGCCAACAUGCCAUCCUUGCGCUUUGAAGAUUCAGAACAACUACCAUACACCGAUCCUCGGGCGCACUACCAUAUUUCCAGUGGAGUACGCCACUACUUGAGACUUUCUCAAUGGUUGGGGAAGAAUGAAAGUGAUCCUGCCUUCGUAGGCUUUCUUCCCCGAUUAAAAGAUCAUAUCCUGGCACGAUUACUAAAGCACAAUUACGAUGGCGAUGAAUCUCCCUUCUCCUCUGCUGAACGCAGCAGACUGACAUUUAUCAAUGAUCGUAUCUAUCGGCACAAGGUAAUCUGA